GGACUGGAGACUGAUGGCAUGCUGCCCUCACAAGACAUGGCGGCUGCGCGCCAUAACGUCCCACCGUCAAUCGCGUCUCCCUUCGCAUUCCCAUCGUCCGCUCUCAGUUGUUAUGACGACACGGUCGUAAAGCCGCCAUUUUGCCUUGUGUUACAGCCGCCGUGCGCUGCUCGUUCGUUGCGACAGAGGAGGAGAAGUCCUGGCACUGGGAUGAGCUCGGAGCCGGAGCCGGGGGUGGAGGGAGAGGAGGAGGCGGCUGUUGUUGCUGCUGCUGCUGCUCCCAGCGCUCUGAUCAGCCUGGGCCUGCCUGUGGCGCCGCUCAUCACACACUACAAUGAGGAAGAUGAUGACGAUGUGCAUAAAUGUGGUCGCUGCCAGACUGAAUACACGAGCUUGGAAGAGUUUGUCCAGCACAAGAUACAAAAAGCUUGCCAGAGAGCCCUGGAGCAUACCACCGAGUCUACCAUAUCGAUCCUGAGCAGCCAAGAGCAGGUGGUCCCGUCUGUAGAAGAUCCUGUGAACGUUUCCCAUGUCAUCGUCGAGGCUUCCUCCGUACCAGAGGAUACCAGCAAUGCCCCGGACUUAGCAGUGUCGGAGGAGCUGAAGGACAUGCUGGCCAAUGAGGACAGUAUGGUGGGCGACCAGAGAAGUGAAAUACAGGAAUUCGAAGUGGAGUGGCAAGAGAGCCCUGUGGAUCUAGCACCAAACGAAGAGGUUGCGCUGGUGAAAGUGGUCGUGGACGAUAAAGUCCGCUACAUUUGUCAGCUGUGUGAAAAGACAUUUAAGACUUCCAACAUCCUGAAAGCGCACAUGCUCACCCACAGCAACAAAAAAGACUAUGAGUGCAAGCUGUGUGGAAAUGCAUUCAGGACAAAGGGCUCCUUAAUCCGGCACAACAGGAGGCACACUGACGAGCGUCCGUAUGUCUGCUCCAAGUGUGGGAAGAGUUUCCGUGAGUCAGGGGCGUUGUCCAGGCACAUGCGGUCCCUUACUCCCUGCACAGAAAAGAUCAGUCUCAACAUGGGGAAAGGCAUCGUGAUCAAUCGGGAUGAGAACUCGUCAGAUCUUGUAUCUACAGAUACCUCGUCACAGUUAGAUGACGUAGAUGGUACUCCGGUGAUCCGACUAGUAACCGAUGACCAGGGCAAUCUACUGCAUGAAGUCCAUGUCCAGACAGAUGGUAUACUGGGCAAUGGCACAGAGAAUUUGAAGUGUCCUCAAUGUGGUGACAUUUGCAAGAGUAGCAACUCCUUGAAAGUACACCUGAAGGGGCAUGAAGCAGGCUGCAAGCUGUAUUGCUGCGAUCAGUGUGGCCGGGAGUUCCUGAAAGCACAUCUGCUGCGGAAGCACCAGGAGUCCCACGGCAAUAUCCGAAAAUAUAAAUGCGGAGAGUGUGGGAAGUUGUACAAAACCGUAGCACAUGUGAAGGGUCACAUGAGAGUACACUCUGACGACAGGCCGUAUCCAUGUACAAAGUGUGGGAAAAGAUACAAAACCAAGAACGCCCAGCAGGUCCAUUUCCGCACCCACCUGGCGGAGAAGCCUUUUGUCUGUCAGUUCUGUCCUCACAGCUUCAGGGAGAAGGGAUCUCUGGUGCGGCACAUUAGGCACCACACAGGCGAGAAACCCUUUGUAUGCCAGAAAUGUGGACGAGGGUUUGCAGAACAUGGAACUUUAAACCGACACCUGAAAACAAAAGGUGGUUGCAUGGGACCUCAGCAAACCGUAGGACAGAUCAUGUCUGAAAACAGCAACAGCUCAGAAGCCAUGAGUACAACUCUGAUCACCGAGGAGCCACAUACGGUGCUAGUCGAGUUCUCUUCAGUGGUCGCCGACACUCAGGAAUACAUUAUCGAGGAUGCUACUGAAGAUUUAGAGACCAAUGAGGCUGCGGAGCUGUUACAGAGUACCGGGACACAUGAGGUAGACAACCAUAUUCUGAAGGUAGUCCAGCAGAUUGUGAGUGCAGCCAGCCCAGGCCAGCAGAUCAUUGUACAGAAUGUGACCCUGGAUGACAGUAUAGAGCCCUGCAUAGAGGAAGUCCCUACUACCGACACUAUUACCAUAGCGACACCCGAAUCCCUCACUGAACAGGUUACCAUGACUCUGGCCUCUGCAAUCAGAGAUGGAACCGUUCUAACAAAAAGGACCUCCACAGAGGAGGAAGAGCUGGUACCAGAGGAUGUGGAAAUGGAGGAACAGGUUGGAGAGUUUGUUAUAACAUCACACGACGGGGAGGUAGAGGUUCAGACUGUUAUCGUGUAGCUGUCUACAUUUGAUGUGACUUAAAGAUAACAGGGUUCCAAAUUUCUCUGCUGUGACCAACAAGAGAAUCUUGCAUGGCAUCAUACACUAGAUGGCGCUAUGACCCAGGCCCUAGUGUGAUGCCUUCACUGCUAGACCAAUGAGAGAUUCGGAGAUGAACAUUUCUAGCUAUAUUUGAACUGUUUAAGUGAUAAUAUAGAAGUAAAGGGCAAAAUACU